AUGCUUGCAUCCUACAGCGGGGAUCACGGCAAACAAGAGGAACAGCAAGUUCGGAACCUCUCAACCGAGCCAAGAGACAUCGUGCCUGAGAGACGUGGAAAUGAAGGACCGAGGCUGUUAUACAAGGACCUCUUCACUUUGCCAGUGGAAUAUGCCUUGGCCCACUGCGUAGCAGAAGACCUGAGAGCGUCGCGAGGUAUAGCCACAGUCUUCAGGAAAAAGUUUGGAGGGACUGAAGAUCUCGAGCGUCAGAGACCCGCCAUUGGCACCACCCUUAACCUGAAGCGUAAUGGACGGCAUCUGUUCUACCUCGUAACCAAGGAGACGUCAAGCCAGAAGCCGUCCUACGAAUCGUUGAAGAAAAGCCUGCAAGACCUGCGAGACAAGCUCCUUCGGAUUGGAAUAAAAAAGCUUGCUAUUCCCAGGCUGGGAUGUGGUUAUGACGGACUGGAAUGGAAGAUUGUGAGAAAUAUGGUGCGGGAACUUUUUAAGGACACUGGCAUCGAAAUUGUGGUCUGCGUAUACAACCCAUGA